AUGCGUCAAUUGGCAAUUUCUUUAAUAAAUUCUGAAAAUGUUAAACCAGAAAUUGAAGUUGGGCAAAUUGAAAAAGAUUUACAAGAAGGUUUUGUGCAUGCUUUAGUUAUUGAAAUUAAGGAAGAAAAAAAGAUAAUUGGUUAUCUUUCAUAUACAAUUUGUUCCUCAUUAAAUGGAGGGAAGGUUGUCUAUUUGGGUGAUUUAAUUUGUGAAAUUAAAUAUAAAGAACUUCCAGUAAGAUUGUAUGCAGAACUUGCUAAGUUGUCUGCUAAAACUGAAGAAAUAAAAGAAAUUCAAGCUAUAGCCAACAGCAAAUCUGUUGGAUAUUUUCUCUUUCCAGGAAUGGAUAUUGUGCCAAAAGAAACUUUUUGGCAAUUACAAUUAAAUGAUAAUGAAGUAGAGAAAAUAUUAAAAAAUGGAAUGAAUGUACUUUGUGGAACUUUGAAAUCAACAAUUUAUUUGCCUGGUAAAUUGAGUGGAGAUGAAGCAAUUUAUCUUAUUAAACAAUGGAAGGAAAUGAACGGAGAAGGUAACUUAUAA